GAAUUAAUGAAAACUACGUCAAAAGUAGUUGAGACAGAACAUCAACGACUUCGGAAAAACGAUAUAAUAAAUUGCAGGCAUAACCAAGAUGGCGUAGUAUUCGACGCACUAACUGAGAUACAGGAUUGUAGUUCUGAACAAAUUGCGUGAUCUAAAUCUGUAUGAUACGCAUCACGCAGUUCUAUAAUAUGGAAAAAUUCUUAGUUUUCCCGCGCGUAUUUUGAUGCUCAUUGAACACUUUAACGGAUUUUUUUUAGCACCAUUUAUAUCAUAUUUUGUAUUUAUAGCGAUAAUACAUAUCACAAAUAGAUAGUUUUAGUCAACGUAUAAUUACGUGAGUCGUAUUUAAUCUCAUAUUCUGAAUUCUGUAGAAAUGGAUCUGCCUUGUGAUUGGCAGACCAACAAACAAAGACUUUCAGAACGCAGUCAAUAUUUAUUAGAGACAGGACAAUGGUCUGACUGCAAAUUUGUAGUUGGGCAAGAACCCCAUCAACAAACAUUAAAGGGACAUAAAUUAUUUUUAGCUAUGUCUAGCCCUGUCUUUGAAGCUAUGUUUUUUGGGGGUAUGGCAGAAAAAAAUGACCUGAUACCUAUUCGAGAUGUUCAACCAGAAGCUUUUAAAGCUCUUUUAGAAUACAUAUAUACAGAUCGAGUUGAUUUAAGUUCUUUUGAACUAGCCUGUGAAUUAUAUUAUUGUGCCAAAAAAUAUAUGCUUCCUCCUCUGGUAAAAGAAUGUACAAAGUAUCUAUGUUCUGACCUGUCUCCAAAAACAGCUUGCAGAGCAUAUGAAUUUGCUAGAUUAUUUGAUGAGCAUGUACUGAUGGAAAAGUGUCUUCAAAUCAUUUGCACAAAGACAAAUGAAGUUUUAAAAGAACCUAAUUGGGAAGAAGUUGAAUUAGGAACACUAUUGACAGUGCUAGAACAAGAAGAUUUACAAAUAAACUCUGAAGUGGAAUUAUUUAAUGCAGUGGAACGUUGGGCAAAAGCUGAAUGCACAAGAAAAUCUCUUGAUCCUAAUGAUGGAAAGUCUUUAAAGUCAGUAAUUGGUAAUGCAUUAUCAAAAAUUAGAUUUUUAAGUUUAAGUGCUCAGGAAUUUGCAGAAGGGCCAGGAAUGUCACCGUUACUUACUCAAGAUGAAACUUUUGCAAUACUCAUGAACACACUGUGCACUGGAAAUAAAGCACCUAUGCCUGAAGGAUUUUCAACUAAUUCACACAGUAGAGUUAACAUAUAUAAACCUCCAAUUACACGUACAAAUUGUUCCCUUAGGUUUAAGCCAGUUAAUCCAUGUUAUAACUCAUUUAUGUCACAUUGCUGGUCUUUACCAACAUCUACAUAUCGUGAACCUGCUUUUAUUAAUGAUGCUGAAUCUAGCAGUACAUUACGAAAUACACCGCCAACAGUAAUUGAUAGUGGAGUAAGAAAGGAUGCUAAAAAUUUAUCUGUAAUCGAAGGUGGUAUACAAGAGGGAUUAAAAUAUUAUUGUCUAAGAUCUGUUAUUCGAUUAACAGAAUGUCUUAAUGCAAAUGUGUUGGACUGUUCCAUGACCUUUAGUGUAGACAAAAAUAUUUAUGUAUUAGGUGUACAAGUACCUACACAGAUGACUGAAGUAACUAAUGACUUGAAUUAUCCUCUUAGUAGUACUUCGUAUACCGAAAUUUUGUAUGCUCAUCUUCUCGAUUCUGAUAAUACACGAUUAACUUACACGCAUUUUACGACAAAAGUAAAAAUUAAUACCCUUGUGGAAAUUACAUUUAAUCGACCUGUUUAUAUUCAAAAGAAUAAGGUUUAUCGAGUUGGGGUAGUUUUUAAUACACUUGGGUGGUAUCCAAUUGGACUUUGUACCCAAGAUAUGACCUGUGAUUCUGUAUCCUUCUCAUUCGGUGUCGGUAAUAGUGCGGAUAAUGUGCGAGAUGGUCUCAUUCGGUCUAUAGUUUUUACAUACAAUGAUAAUAUGUAAUAAGAAUAAUAAAAUUGGCUAGCGUAAAAAUAAAUUUAAAUACGUAUAUUAAAUUUUAAUAACAGAACAGUAUGUUUUAUUCUGUUUUAUACUAUUGAUGUAUUAUUGUAUCUCUCAAAUUAUAUCGGUGCUAUUAUUAAAAAUUGUACAAAGAUAUAUUCACAUACAUUGGUUCUAGUUAUAAUGAAAGUCAAAUUUGUAUAAAACUAUUCUUUUAAUUUGUAUAUAUAGAAAUAUUAAUGUUUAUUCUAUAAACAGAAAAGUCUGAAUUUUGCAAUUUAAAUUUUAAAUCAGUGGACUACACAUUAAUAACAAUAUAUGUAUGUUUUUGUUUAUUAUUCUAACAUUAAUAUUAUUGUAUUAAAUUAUAACUUUUAAGGAAUUGUUACUGUACAAAAGAAUGUUAUAAAAAAUUUGAAUAUAAAAACAUGAUUAUGCUAAUAAUAUAUAAAACAUGUUUCUUUUGUAUUAUGUUUGAUUUAAUUUUAUAUGUAUACAUAGCAGAACUGAUUAUAUUCCUUUUAUCUGAAUUGUUUAACUUUCUUUUAAUAUUCUAGAGUAUUAUUGAUUUAUAUGAUAAACAGCGUGUCCAUAAAUAUCUUGAAAACAAUGGAAGAUACAAAAAAUUUACCUUACAAUGAUUUUGGAAAGCCUUGUGAAGGUGAUGGUUGUAUUCCUAAGUGGUAACUAUAUCUUUUAAUUCCAUAUUCUUAUAGCCGACAGCAAAACAUUUUCAAAGUACUACUUGUAUUUUUUGCACUAUCGAGAUAUUAAUUCUUAAGAAGGAUGGAAAGUGGUAUUCUUUUCAAAGAUAUCCACAUAAAAGGACAAGCGACUAGUAAUAGUAUUUUUCAUUCUAGUAAUAGUAUUUAGUACACACAUACAAUCGGCUCUUUUUAGUUAAUUAUUAUUUUGUAUAUAAUUUUAGCAAUCUCCCCAUGUUAUACAAUGGAUAACG